AUGUAUUAUGAAAGAUGUAGAUCUUCCGAAUUUGUUCUUGGGGUUCAAAGUUAUUCAUUAAGAACAAAGAGAACAAAAAUAAAAUAUAAAAAUAAAAAAUGUAAAGGGGUUGAGGAAAUGGAUUUUGGUAUGGAUAUGUGUGAAGAAGAAUAUAUAAAAAAAAGAUUAUCAUCUUCUUAUUAUAGUUAUGAAAAUGAAUAUAAUAAUAUAGCUAGUAAAUUUGAAAAAAUAAAAAAGUUGAGUCAUCCAAAUAUAUGUACAUAUUUUCAUAUGAGUAGAACAAAUAACAAUUAUAUUUUAUGUUCUGAAUAUUAUACUUUAUCUUUAUAUGACCUUUUGAAUGAUGAACAUAUUAAUUGUGUAAAUUUUAAAUGUUUUAAAAAAAUAUUUAACAAAAAAAUAUAUAAAAAAAAUAAAAAUAUAUAUAAAAUAUAUAAUAAUAUAAAGAAUUAUAUAUAUAAUCAUAAUAAUAAUAAUCAUAAUCAUAAUAAGAUUGGGAAAAAAAAAAAAAUUAUUGAUAAUAUCAUUUUAAAUAAUAUUAUUUAUCAAAUAUUAAGUGCUGUUCAAUAUUUACAUGCCCACAAUAUUACAUUUCUAAAUCUUACGCCACAUAAUAUUUUAAUUACAGAUCAAGGACAAAUAAAAUUACAUAAUUAUUGCUUAUCUUAUUUAUUUUAUAAUGUUAGUUCUCUGUCUACUUAUAAAGAAAAUAAAAAUGUUCAUUAUAUUAAAAAUAAAUUAUAUGACCAUGUCAUAUCCAAAAAUGAAAUGUAUACAGGACAAACAACUAAAAAUAAUUAUUUGGAUAAAUUAUUUAGUGAUCAGAAAAAAAAAAAUUACAAAAUUAAUAAUCACAUGAUUUUAUAUAUUGAUCAAUAUUUCAAAUAUUACAAUUUUACACAUAACAUAUUAUACCAUAUUCCAUUCUUAUUGUUUUUUAAUUUAUUGAAAAAUGAAAAUGUACAUUUUAUUUAUGAUGUGUAUAAACAUAUAGAUAUUUUUAACAUAGGAAUUAUAAUAAUUCAAAUUGUUAAUGGUUUAUUAAACUUUUCAUUCAUCUUAGAAAACUUUAUUUACUUUUAUCAUAUCCAAACACUUACUAAUGUAUCAUAUGAUGAACGUACAAAGCAAUAUAAACAAAAUAAAAAAUGUAUUAAAGACAAACUAAACAAUAUAACAAAUAAUUAUAAACAAUAUGAUUUAAACUCCUUUAGUGAUUCAGCUUUAUAUAUUAAACAAAAAAUAAUAUGUUCUAAAGAAAAAAGAAAAACUAUAAAUAUAAAAGGUAGUCAUAAAUAUAAAGAUAAAAAAAAUCAACAAAUAUAUAAUGAAAAAAACAAUGAAACCAGGCAGAAACAAAUUCCCCUUGAAUCUUAUAAAAAAAAAACAAAAAAAAUUAAUAAAGAACAACAAACCAUUGAACAAAUAUAUCAACAUGCUCUAUUGGUUAAAAGAAAAAUAGUUGAUAUACAACAAGAACAAAAAACAGAUAAUAAAUAUAUCGAAAGUAAUUAUACAAAUAAUGUAAAAAACAACCAAACAAAUAAACAUAACGCUAUGGAUCCUUCUAAUAAUGAAAACAUAUCCUCUACAAGUCUUAAUGUAAGUGAAAAGAAGAUGUUUAGGUUUUUUUUUUUUAAGACAUCUGAAAAAAAUGACACUUUAUUUAAAAUACAAAAUGUGUUUAUCCUCAUAAUAUACAUUAAAUUAUUUUAUAUUUAUUAUUAUUUAAAAUAUUAUAAAAAUAAAAAAAAUAAAGAAAUCAGUUUAUUAAACGUAAAUAUACAGGACAUAUUCAAAAGGUUAUGUAAACACAAAUUAAAUAAUUAUUCCUAUCCAUCAAAAUACAGACAUCACAUAAUAAAUAAGUUAAAAAGAAAACGUUAUAAUAAUAUUAUAUAUGAAAUAAUAAAAAAUAUAAUUGAAUAUUUUCUAAAUUGUAAAUUAAAUCUUUCUUUUAUUAAACUUAUUGAAAAUAUGUACUCAGAAUUUUUUAAUAUUCAUUUAUUAAAAUAUAAUUUAAGAAAUAUAUUUUAUUCUGAUCAAAAUGACCAAAACGGAAAUGAAAAAACUUUAUUUCUCAAUCUUUUACAUAAAUGUUUAUUAUUAAAUAACCUUCAAUGUAACUCCACAUCUUUGUUAUCUCAUUAUUAUUUUUUUUAUAAUGUUAAUAUUUAUAAACAUAAUAAUUGUUUAGAAACAAAUUAUACUGAAAAGGAUACCUUUAAUAUUCCGAGAAAUAUGUCCCUAUUAGAAAAUACAACUAUCACAAAUGAAAAGGUUUUAAUGAAUAAGGUUAGCCAUAUAAAUAAUUUUAUAUCGAAUGCAUGUACUAGUCAUAUUUAUACAACAAGCCAUUUUCAAAAUACUUCCCACAAUAAUAAUAAUGAUGAUGAUGAUAAUAAUAAUAAUAAUUUAUAUUUUAAUUCCAAUAUUAAAAAUGGUCAUCAAAACAUUACAGAUACAAAUAAUAACAUAAUUAUUAAUACUGAAUCUGAACGUGUAUUUAAUGAUAUCUUAUUAAAUCCAAAUUAUGAUAAUAUAUAUUUUAAUUCAGCCAACGUUAGGGAAAUGCCACCUGAACAUGUUCAGGAAAUAAAUAAAUUAAGCCAAGAAGAGCUAGCCAAAAAAAAUUAUUACAAUCCAUAUUUGGUGGAUUAUAUUUUAAAUGUCACUAAAUGGAAUGAAUGGAAAGAUAAAUAUUUUAUAAAUAAAAAGGAUAUAUUUUAUUGGUUUCAUAUGUUAUAUAAUAUAAAUUAUAAUGAAGAGUUAAUGAAUGUUAAUUCUUUUCUUAGGUCUCCUAAUAUAUUAAAAAUACCAUAUGUACUUUAUAAGAGAAAAAAUGGAACAUAUUUUGAUAUGUCUCUUUUUUCUUUUUACAAAUUGUAUCUUUUAAAAAAAUAUGACAGCAAUACAUUAUUUAACGUUUACGAAAAUGUAUCAACUUUUAAAAAAUUAUCAAAAGAAAAAUAUAAGAAUAUCAAAAAGAUAAUAAAACAUGAGGUUAAUUAUAUCAAGGGGAAUAAAAAAAAAAGUGUAUACACGUGUGUACCAAGAAAAAGGUGUGGAAAUUAUAAAGAAAUGAUAUAUAUAAGUACCUAUGAACUUUUGAAAAAUAGGAGAUUCACAGUAUCCAAAAAUAACAUGCUUAAAAAAUACAUGUUCAUGUCAAACAACGAUGGUGAUAUUUGUAACAUAAUAAAUAAAAAAAAAGAAAUAACUGAAUUGUGGGAAAAUAAAAAAAAAAUACAUGUAUAUGAACAGGAAUAUAAUAUAACCAAAAAAAAAAAAAGAAAAAAAAAAAAGAAACGAAUUCCUUUAUGGGAAAAUAAAAAUGUAGUCACUCAAAGUAAUAAUAAACAUAAAAGUAUGAAUAAUUGUACCCAUGAAAAAACAGAUAAUAUUUACAAUUCUUAUAAUGAAUAUGAUGAUAAAAAUUAUAAUUAUGAUGAUGAUUUAUUUAUCUCAUCCAAUUUUUUUAAUAUUUCCUUUAAUAUUAAUAAUAAACAUUCAUAUGCUUUGUUUAAUGAUUAUAACCUAACUACGAUUGGAAUAUAUCUAAAAGAAUUUUAUGAAAUAAUAAAAGAUGCUUAUUCAUUUAUUAGGAGAAAUGAGAAUUUUAUAAAUCCUAAAUCAAGUUGUAUUUAUACCAAUAGUUUUUUUUUUAUAUAUCAAUUUAAAUUACAUAUCAAAUAUCACGAAUUAUUAAAAUUUAAUCCUCUUGAUACCUUAACACUAAUUAAAGAAAUAAAAUCAGGUUACCCAUGUAAUAUGAGAAAUGUUAUUUAUUUAAUUUUACUUAAUUAUAAUUAUCAUAUAUUAUUAAAAAAAUCAUAUGAGAAAAAAGAAAAAAUUAAAGAUCAAAUUAGUUAUAUAUUAAUUUCUCAGAAUAAACGUAUAGACAAAAAUGCAAUAAUAAUUUAUUCAAAUAAUAGUAAUGUAAAGUAUUGUAUGUAUUCAAAAAAAUAUAAUCAUAAACAUAAUAAUAAUAAUAAUAAUAAUAAUAAUAAUAAUAAUAAUAAUAAUAGAUUGUUAUAUAUAUAUAAAGAUAAGUGGAUAUAUGAUAAUGAUCUUAUUGGUAGUUUGAAAUUUCAAAAAAAGUUAAUAAACUUGUUAAUAUUAAUAAAUAUAAAAUUAGAUAUUCAGAAUAAAUAUUUGAAAUAUUUAUUUAUUCCAAUUAUUUUAUUAUAUUAUAAUAAUAUAUAUAUAAGUUAUAAAUGUAUAAAGAAAAUUUUGCAAAAAUAUUUAAUAGACUUUUAUAAAAAUGUUUAUUAUAGGAAUGAAUAUAUAUAUAUUUUCAAUAGUCUUUUAAAUUAUUACAUUCCUGAAUUGUCCAUGUGGUUUUUUAAGAAUAAUAUAAAUAUAAUCAAAAUUAUAAAAAGUUGGAUCUACUCUUUAUUUUGUACCUUUUUUGAUUUACAAAAUAUUUAUUUAUUAUUAGACAAUAUUUUAAUACAACCAUCGUCAUAUAUAAUAUUUAUUUGUAUAAGUAUAUUAAUGUAUUUGAAAAAAUAUCUUAUAAAUAUUACAACAAAUGAAAAUAUAUACAAAAAAGUUUUUUCCUUAUCAAACUUAAUUAAUCUGAAUCUUAUUUUAAAUACUUCACGUUACCUUUUUGAAAGGUGUCCUAAAUAUUAUCUUCUAUUUCCUUUCCACCUACAAAUAGAAGGAUCAUCUAUUAAUGAAAAAUCAAUAUUAUUUGAUAAAGGAGGCAAUGAAAAUAUAAGUAAUCAUAUAAAUUACAUAUCUCAUUUAAUUAGUAAUAAAAAAUGGAUCAGAUAUUAUGUUCAUAGAUAUACCUUUAAAUUAUAUAUCAAAAAAAAAAAUAAAACAAAAAAUAAAAAUUUUAUAUGCAUUAAUAACAAGACACCUUUGAUCCAUAUGAACUACAACACAACAAAUACAAAUGAAAUUAAUAAUAAUCAAAAUUAUAAUAAUCAAAAUAAUUUGUUAAUUGAAAAAAAAAAAUUGGAAAAUAUAAAUAUUAAUUUAAAAGAUAAUAAUGACAACAACAACAACAAUAAUAAUAAUAAUAAUAAUAAUUACACAAAUGAGUCAUUUAAAAUUUUAAAAAAAAGUUAUAAAACAAAUGAAUCAUUAAAGCUAAAAAAUUAUUAUAAAUACUUUUUAAAAUGUUAUAAAACAAAUAAACAAAAAAAAAAUGUAAAUGAAUUCAUUUAUUAUAAAAAAGGGAAUUUCAAAAAUUGUGAACAAAGAAAGACAAAGAUAAAUAAACAAAAAAAUAAUAAUAAUAAUAAUAGUAAUAAUACAUAUAAUAAUGAACUAGCCAAAAAUGUAAAUAAUCAUAAUAAUAUGAAUAAUACAUAUCAUGAACUAGCCAAAAAUAUAAAAAAUAUAUAUAAUACAUAUUAUGAGCUAGCCAAAAAUAUGAACAAUAAAAAAAAAAAAAAAAAAAAAAAGUUUAAAAAUGUGGACAUGGUUAAAUUGAGCAAUUUCCCAAUUUUCCCAUUUCUUGAUAUAAGACAUAUAUUAAAUGAUUUCUGUAUAGAUGAUUAUAUAAUAGUUGAUAUGCGUUCACUUGAAAACUUUAAAAAAAAAAAAUUCAAAUCAUCUGUACAUGUUAAUACAUUUUUAAUUAACUUAAAAAAAGGCACAUAUAAGAAUUACAUUGAUGAUACAUCAUAUGAUGAAAAUUUGACAUUGAAGACUAUUCUUCUGGUAUUUAAUAAUUCGAUAUUAGAUUAUGAUGCUAUAUAUAAUUUUUUAAAUUUAAAAAUAAAAUAUAUAACUAUAUUAUGUGGUGGAUUUACAAACGCCUUGAGUAUCUUACCCUCAACAUAUUUUACAUAG